CACAUUUUGCUCCCGCAGCUGUUGUUGCAGUGAGCAGGAGAGGUGCGCUCUCUCUGGAGUGACCAUGCCAAGUCUGGCACGGGCUUUUCUUUUUCAUGCGCUGAUCGCCGAUUACUGAGCCCGCUUCCUUUCGACAAAAAAAACACGGAAUGUUGUCGCACUCUCGCGCACUGAGCUCGGUUUGGUUUCAGCAGAACGGAGGAGACACCGCUCAUUUACCAUGAGCUGUUUGGAUGUUAUGUACCCAGCCUAUGGACAUUACGCACCGUACGCAGCAACUGUUCCUGCUUUUAUCAGUAGCUUACAGGCUCCCUCAGGUCUGAGCAACAGUUCACCCCACAGCCGGGAUUUUAUGGACACUCCCAGCGCUUCCGAAGGGAUGUCUGGGGGCCCAGGAACUGGAGGAUCAACUUCCUCGUCGUCUUCAUCCACCUCUUCUUCUUCCUCCUACCCUCCUGCGGCGUCGAGGCCCGAGGAGGGCCCCAAGGAGAAGCAGGAGGCCCCCGAGGCAGAAUAUCUGACUUCUCGAUGUGUCCUUUUCACGUACUACCAAGGAGACAUCAGCAGCGUUGUGGAUGAGCACUUCUCCAGGGCGCUCAGCUCCUACAUGGAUGGAGAGGGCAAACGGCGUGCACCCCAGCAGGGCACAGACACCCCUUCACCUGGGAGCCGACGAAGUUUCCCCCCGUCCUUCUGGGACAGUAACUACUGCUCGCCGCAGGGCCGCCCGCACUGCGAGACCGGCGCGCCCUCUUAUUCCAUGGAUCCGUACGCAUCGGGGCUGCAUCCGGGCCUGCCGCACCCGCACCCUCAUCCUCACCCGCACGCUCACCCUCACCCCCAUCCCCACCCAUCCGAGAACUGGGGAUACCAUCAGGCCCAGGGCUACGGCCCGCCGCGACCUCUUCACGAACUGUAUUCACCGUCGGCUCUGGAGCCCCACUACGGGCCCCUGCUCAUGCCCGCCGUGAGGCCCAGCCACAUCCCCAGCUUGCCCGGCCACUAUGAAGUCAGCAAGCUGGAGCCCAGUGCCUCCUGGCCAAGCCUGCUCCCCCCGGGAGAUGUAAGCCAGACUUUGGCACUCAACAUGGAUACAGGCCUCCAGCAGCACAAGAAAGGCAAGGAGCUGUACUGGUUCUAACGAGCCCUUCAGUCACACUGACCUGCCAUUACCAGAUCCAAUUAGUCCCUGGACCUGCUCCGCUAUUGAAGCAGCGUGUCCCUUUAUCCCCUCCCACACUGCAUACUCCUAUAUCCACCCCCUUCUCUCCGCUCUCAGCCUCCCCUGCCAGUAUACAAGCCUUGCUCCAGGUCCGCAUGUGUGCACCAUGGAGAUAAAGCAGAGAGAGGCAAAGAGGGGGAGAGAGGCGGCGUGUUUGAACCGGCUACAAUCUGUGCCGUCGCUCUCUCAUCCCCAUCUCUCCUGCCGCUGCUGGUGCAGCGCAGAACCUGGCAAGGUGCGAGCCACAGUGACCUGUUUGGACUGAGAAAGACGGGAUCACAACAGACUUCUGCGGAGGGUAGAGAGAGAGAUAGAGGGAUGAAUGGAGGGGCAAAGGGUUGAAUAGCAGUGAGCAGGGAUUUCCUCCAACGUCCCUGGUUAUCUCUGUCUCACGCGCUGUGUACUUUGUACAGUUAUUGUCAUCAUCCACUUAUCUGCAUUUCACAAAUGCAACAUGCAUAUCAAAGUGCAGAAAUGAUGGCGGCUUUUUGCUUUGUGAUUGUCAACUUGAGGCCUUUUUUUUGUUUCUAUUAUAUAAUGUUUCCAUCUGAAAUUCAUUGUUUUUAUUUAUUUUUAAUGUGCAUUUCUAAAGCAUUUGGUUGGCCAGUGUUAUGAAGUAAGUGAGGUUGUUUUUUUAUCAUACUUUCGAAAGAGAAAGGUGAUAGAAAUGCUUAUGGUUAUAAUGUUCUUAUGGUAGAGUAUCUUUCGCUUUAAAUAUUGUCCUCAUUUCCUAAAAGAAAACCAACCCAAAACAUCAAAAUGAUGCAGUCAGAACUGACUCAGAUAUGAUAGUAUUUUCAAUUUGAUUAUGUUUCAUUUUACUUCUAUAUUUCUCUGUCAUUCUUGGGUGUUUUGAAUUUGAGAUUUCUGAACUUUGUGGGGAUUUUCUGUUUUGAGUGUGUGUCAUUUUCAGUUUUUUUUCUUCUUUUUUUUUGCAUCCAGUAAGAU